AUGCUCGCUUUACCCCGGAUCGAACCACUACUUCAAGGCCCUCUUCCCCGCAGAAACGUGGUGGAUGCCUCUUUGGAGACCACACAGUCUACAGCAUCAGCCACCAUGCGGAAUCCCUUUGCAUUGUCGGGCGCCGUUGGCGACAACAUUCCACGACAGAUCUUUGGAUAUCGUAUCUAUCUAGUUGCAUUUUCUGCAACAUGGGCCUCUGCCAUGUACGGCUAUGACUCUGCUUUCAUCGGGGGUACCCUGAGUCUGCCAUCGUUCCAAACUUCCUUCGGCCUCGAUCCAGAGAGCAGUGAGUACACUAACCUCUCAUCAAAUAUUGUGUCAACUUUCCAAGCCGGCGCCUUUUUCGGCGCCAUCUUUGGCUUCUUCCUGGCCGAGCGAUUUGGCCGAAAGCCGACCAUUCUCUUGUCCGGAAUUAUCUUCUCCAUCGGUGUCAUCCUCCAGCUUAUCGGUCACCUCGGUCUCCUCUAUGGUGGCCGAGCAUUGACUGGGCUGGGCAUUGGCGCAACUUCAAUGAUCAUUCCGAUCUACAUAUCCGAGUGUUCCCCCGCGCUGAUCCGCGGCCGGAUGGUUGGCAUGUUCGAGAUUAUGCUUCAAAUUGCCCUGGUAUUUGGCUUCUGGGUGAACUAUGGCGUGGAAAAGAAUAUUUCUGGCUCAACGGCGAUGCAGUGGCGGAUUCCAGUUGGCAUCCAGCUGAUCCCGGCCGGCCUCCUGCUCAUCACGAUGUCCUUCAUGAUCGAAAGCCCGCGAUGGAUGGUGAGUAAGAACCGCACUGAAAAGGGACUCAAGGCGCUUUCUUGGGUGCGCAACCUCCCUGCGGAUCACCCGUAUGUGCAGCAAGAACUGUCUGAGAUCCAAGCCGGUGUCGAGCACGAACUUCAACUGGUCAACAGCAGCCGAUCCUCAUGGCAGGUGAUGCGCGAGUGCGCUGCUCCAGGCGUGCGUAAUCGGAUUAUUGUUUCUGUUUCGAUGAUGCUGUUGCAGAACUUGACUGGCAUCAACGCAAUCAACUACUAUUCUCCAACAAUCUUCAAAUCUAUCGGAUUCACUGGCACCUCAGUCGGCCUGCUCGCUACUGGUGUCUACGGCCUCGUCAAAAUGGCCACGACCAUGGUCUUCAUGGUAUUCAUCGUCGACAAAUUUGGCCGCCGGCCCGCCCUUCUCGUGGGAGCAGUUGGAGCUGCCAUUGCCAUGUUCUAUCUGGGCGUCUACUCGGAACUUAGUGAAUCUUUUGAUAAAGUGCCUCCCAAGGACUCUGGUGCCAACGCCGCCGUUGCUAUGAUCUAUAUAUAUGCUAUCUUCUACGGAUUCUCCUGGAACGGCAUACCCUGGAUCUUUGCGUCGGAAGUGCUACCAACACGUGUUCGCACGCUGGGCAUGAUGUUUGCCACUUGCAUGCAGUGGCUGGCACAGUUUAUGAUCGUUUACUCCUUACCACAUAUGGUGGCCUCCAUCAAAUUUGGAAUCUUCUAUUUCUUUGGUGCUUGCACCAUUGUCGCCUUAGUAUUUGCGUAUCUAUUCGUUCCGGAGACCAAGGGAGUAUCGCUCGAAGAAAUGGACCUUCUAUUUGGAGACGAUGUUAGUGUUUGGGCGUCGAAGGCCUGGAAGCACUAUCAAGAGUUCCGCGAAACUGGAAUGACCGUGAGCGAGCUUCAUGGGGUAGAGAAGGGUGACAAGGUGGAUUCUUUCACAAGCGAUGUGUUCGCACCGGGGACAGACGAAAAUCUCAAGAUAGAGAAUCUUGGGUAUCAACAGGAACUCAAGCGAUCAUUUGGCUUUUUCGAUAUGGUUGGAUUUAGUUUUAAUGUCGUUACUUGCUGGACGGCAUUGAGCGCUGUGUUCAUUGUCGGAGUAAACGCCGGUGGACCGCCUGUGAUGAUUUAUGGAUGGAUUGGAGUCUGUAUGGCUACCAUGAUCGUGGCUCUGUCAAUGGCAGAAAUGUGUGCACGGUGGCCUGUUGCUGGAGGCCAAUACUCAUGGGUGGCCUUAAUGGCGCCAUCCGCAAUCUCUCGACAAAUGUCAUACAUGACCGGCUGGUUUAUGUUGACAGGAGUCCUAGCCAUGGGCGCUGUCAACAAUAACAUCCUAUCGAACUUUGUUCUCGGACAGGCCAACAUUGUAUUUCCGGAAUACACCAUUGAGCGCUGGCACACGGUACUUGUCUCGUAUGCAGUGGCUGUUGUAGCUCUGGCCGCAAAUAUUUGGGCGCCUCACCUGCUAAGCCGACUAUCACGAGUAAUUCUACUAUGGAAUAUAGGUUCUUUUAUCACAGUUACUAUUGUGCUGCUGGCAACCAACGACCAUAAGCAGAACGCGGCAUUUGUUUUCAAAGAUUUUCAUAAUGAGACUGGUUUUGGGCCGGCCAUGGCAACAGUAAUCGGCAUUCUUCAAAGCUUUUUCGCUAUGUGUUGCUACGAAACACCAAGCCACAUGUCCGAAGAAAUGACCCAUGCAUCUCGUGAUGCCCCAAGGGCUAUCAUAAUGACCGUCCUCAUCGGAGCUACAACGGGCUUGAUAUUUUUAGUGACCCUUUGCUUCUGUAUCGGAGAUAUCAGCUCCACUGCAGAGACCCCGACAGGUGUUCCUGUAAUUCAGAUCUUUUAUGACUCAACAGGGAGUAAAGGGGCGACUUGUUUCUUGGCUAGCUUGUUUGAUGUGAUCGUCAUUUUUUGCGCAGUGAGUCUUAUGGCAGAGGGUUCUCGAAUGAUCUUUGCAUUCGCUCGCGACCACGGUUUACCAUUCUCUGGGAUUCUUUCUCAAGUCAAUCGCAAAAAGCAUGUUCCCAUAUACGCCAUUAUCACAACGGCGGUCAUACAGAUGGCUUUUAAUUCGAUUUAUUUCGGCACUGUCACAGGCUUCAACACUAUAAUUUCGAUUUCGACCACGGGGUUCUAUGUUUCGUACGCGUUUGUUCUCCUCGCACGCUUACUUGGCUAUAUCUGGGGCGACCGAGCUGCAACGACUUUCUCGGGUCCUAGCUCUCUCUCUGUGACGCUAUCACUUACGCUGAAUGCGAUUGGCUUUGUUUUCCUGGUGUUUGCCGUGAUUACCUUCAAUUUUCCAUCGGUAGCUCCAGUUGAGAAGCUAUCAAUGAACUAUACAAGUGCAGCCAUCGGGGUUGUUUCUCUGCUCAGUAUUCUGACAUGGGUCACGACCGGCUACAGGCAUUUCCAUGGUCCUGUUGAUGUGCGGAAAAUGGGUGCUGAGACAUGCCGGGAAGCACAAGGAGGACGAGAAUACCAGGAGGAUCGUUAUACUAUUGUCUUGCCGGCACAAUUCUCAAAUAACAGUUCCGAGGACAUAGGAUUUUUUGCCGUUUACGAUGGGCAUGCAGGUGUGGACACCGCCAAUUUCGCAUCACAAAGACUUCACACGAUUUUGAAGGAUCAGCCGGACUUCCGAGAUGGGGAUUACAAGACAGCAAUAAAAUCGGCCCUGGCCGAGGCCGAUAAGCAGUUAUUUGAUCUAUCGAAACUGGGAAGAAGUGAUGGUAUUGAAACUGGAUCGACAGUGGCACUAUGUCUAGUCAACCUAACCACAGGCUCUAUUGUGGUUGCAAAUCUCGGCGAUUCUCACGUACUGCUGGGGGAACCAUCCAUGGUUUCCAGGGGGUGCUCCAUUCGGCGACUAUCCAAGGCUCACAAGCCGGAGGAUUUGGCCGAAAGAAUUCGUAUCGAGCACGCAGGCGGCACAGUCAGUACUGUUACCGGGCAGCCACGAGUUGGUAAGACGUUUGGAUUCGACCAGCCAGCCAGCCAGGUUUGA